AUGGUCGCCCGUCUCCAUGAUACAUUUUAUGAUGCUAAGGCAACCUUGUUAUCAGAAGCCGAUAUUAAAGAAAUUAGAAAAUCAAGAGGUAGGAUACCCAAUGCAUCAAAAAUAAUAGCUAAAAAUUUUCAUAUUGGCCCUAAACGUAUUUAUGAAAUAUGGGACUAUAAAGAACACCUUCAGCAAGGUGUUAUUUCAUCUCAGUCUGUUUUGGAGAAAAAUUUCCAAAGUUAUAAAAAGAAACAGAUUCCUGAAGCGGUACCAGAAGAAGUAUCUACACCCCUUCUAUCUACAGAGAUUCCAAAAAAGAAUGGUCGAAAAGAGAAGAUUAAAAUAGAUGAGAAGCUGAUUACUGAAGCAACCAGUAUGGUGAAAAAAAAUAACAAAAAUAAUAUGGCCUCUUUCUCUGACAAUUCGUCUAAUACAUCCAAAAAAGAUAGGUUGGAAUCUCUUCUUGAAAACUUAGUCAAAUGUGGUGAAAAGCUUAAAAGCUUAACAGUUGAUACUUCUGAUAUCUCUUCUAUAUAA